AUGGACCAGAAUACAACCAUUGACGUGUCAUCGACGGUUCUUCAUCCAACUCCUCUCCUUCCAUUUAUGUCGGACAAACACCUUUCCCUGUUGGCCCCCGUAAUUGUUUACUGGUUAUAUUCCGGGAUGUAUCAUCUAAUUUCGGUAUAUAAAGUUCCUUUAUUUGAUAAAUACCGGAUUCAAAAUUCGAAAGAGACAGAAACGAUGAACAAGGUUUCUUUGGGUGAAGUAAUUAAGGCCGUAUUGGUACAACAGUUUAUACAAACUUUACUAGGCUUGACAGUUGCAUACUUGGAGGGAGAAGACAUUCUACCUGAUGACGCAGUUGAAAUGUUUCACAUCGGUCAAACAUUAAAGUUUUGUGCCACCAAAAUUUACUUAUGGCAAACAAUCGAACCAUAUCAUGAUGUUAUGGUCGAAGCCACAUAUUGGUACAUCAUGCCCAUUUUGAAAUUUGCAUUAGCGAUGUUUUUCUUGGAUACGUGGCAAUACUUUGUACACCGACUGUUUCAUAUGAACAAGUUUCUUUAUCGCCACGUCCAUUCACGACAUCACCGAUUGUACGCACCUUAUGCUUUUGGCGCGCUCUACAAUCACCCAUUCGAAGGAUUUCUAUUUGACUCUCUUGGUUCCGUCAUAGCCACCGAACUUUCGGGAUUGACAACAAGAAGCACAUUGGUAUUUUUCACAUUUGCAACUAUCAAAACUGUUGAUGAUCAUUGCGGUUACGACCUGCCAUUCAAUCCCCUCCAGAGAAUGUUUAGAAACAAUAGUGCCUAUCAUGCUAUCCACCAUCAGACCUAUGGAAUGAAAAAGAAUUUUUCGGCACCAUUUUUCACCAUGUGGGAUCGUAUUCUCGGAACUUACAUGUCCGCCCCUCCAAAAUCGAGUGAAAUUGUCAAAGAUCGCACCACGACCAUCAACAGUCUAUCGCUAAAGGCCGACUCGAACAGCGAUUACGAUUCUAAGGCGGAAACCGUUAAUUCGGAAAUUUCAACGACGGGAAGAUACAAUCUGAGAUCAAGAAAGAACAUCACUUGA